UUGGAUCACUUAUACAUGAAAAUUGAUAUGUCGUCUGAAAUGGGCUGCAUAAAUAGUAGUAAUAAACAGAUAUUUUCUUUAAAAAGAGAUAAUGUUUUUAAUGUGAGUGUCGUUCGUGUGCAAUCGGAGCAAUCUGUGAUGCCAUCCGGAGAUGGCGUACUUGAAUUAACUCCUAAUGAGAUUAUAUUUAUUGCACCGAGUCGUGGUCAACUUGCAUGGGGUUUGCAACACUUACGGCGGUAUGGACUGACUGAGGAUUUAUUUAGCUUUGAGGCUGGGAGACGCUGUGCUACAGGCCCUGGAAUUUAUACAUUUCGAUGCUGCAAUGCGGAGCAGCUGUAUUCUAGAUUUCAAUUGUAUAUAAAUUCAAUGUCUCAUGGUACUGACAAUGAACGUACUAUUAGCUCCAAUCAUCCCAUAAAUAUAUUCCAUCGUUUAAAUUUAAAUGAACAACAACAGCAUGCUAAUCAAUAUUUGGAACCAUCGACGUCUCUAUUUGGAGCUGGCGUGGAUCAGAGACCGGUGUUAUUUGGACAUAAUGAAGCUAAUUUUAGUUCGCCCGAUAUUUUACUGAGGCCAUCUAUAACAUCAGAAAUCUCCAACCCUUCAGAUACCUCAUACACUGAUGUUAAUUCCCCUGAUAAUGCCUACAAUAUAUAUAUGGAUCAUCCAAUAUCUGCGACAAAUGAACGGAAUAACAAUAGCUCUAGUCCUGUUGUACAUCAUAUUUUUAAUUGCGUUGAAUUAGCGGGAACUAAAAUGUUGAAAAAAGUUUCAUUUGAUAAUCCACCUUGUGAAAGUCCCCCAGUUUUGUCUCCGGUUGUAAGCGAAUCACAAAGGAUAUAUUCAAAUAUUGAUCUAGUUUCACCUAUACCUGAUUCUGCUAACCGGUCUUCCAAUUCUGUUAACGAUUCUGUAGAUCCUGCUUAUGUUAAUAUUGAUGUUAAAGUAUCUGAUAGCAUACAGCACGAUAUUGCAAAUCAACGAAUUAUUUCUUUUUCAAGCGGAAACGUCGUUAACUACAUUGUUUUAGAUUUGGAUCAGCCCCGUAGCCCAUCUCAAUGUUCGCCUAAGACUACUUUUGGAAGCGACCAAUCAUUAAAUGAACACCAACAUACCAGUGCAGUAUUAAACGAAGAGGAACCACUUACCAAUACAUCAACUUUGUCCUGCGGAUCUUCAACUAUGCCAAAGAAAGCGACAUUAAGCGAGCUAAGGUCUAAUUUUGAUACAAAAAUUGGGACUUCAGGGAGCUAUACUCGAAUUGAUUUUUUAAAAACUUUUGCCCUUAUGAAAUCAACAAAUUACGCUGAUUUCGACCCUGACCCUGAUCAGGAAGAAAGUAGAAUAACGCGGCAUAGUAAAUUUGUUAGAAAAGCCUACUCAAUUAGCGAUUGAUGAAUCCAUGUUUUCUCUUUUUCGUAGUUCAAGUGUACUUAGUCAUAAUUGUAAAAUGUAAUUAAUGUGAAUAUUUGAAUAUAGCGUUCGAAACAGUAAA